AUGCGAGACCCGAGUCUGCUGCUCAAGUGCGAAGAGUUCCUGCUUCAUCCGACCGUCCGGGCGCUGUCGCUAGCUCAGCGAGUCGAUUUCCUCGAGAAGAAGGGGUUGACGCCAGCAGAGAUUACGCAAUGUCUGACAAGUCUCAAGCAGCGGAACGGCCUUUCGCAAUUAGUGGGACACCCGAUCUCCGAUUUAGCAGCUUUCGCCCGUGCGCGCUGCUCUAAAACGUCGAGAGGAAGUGCUAAUUCGCCUCGAGAGCUGCUCCAAUUCGUCCUUCAAAAAUAUGGCAUGGUGUCGCUUUGCAUGGCACUGCUGGGCUUCACUUAUGUCCAGUUAAAAAGCAGGAAAACGGAACAGCUGUUUUUGCAGCACAAGGCAGAAAAGACAGAACGUCAGAAGCGCCAGCACGCCAGAGUCGCGGCGCUAUUGGCGGUGGUGAAAGACCAGCAGACGCAGUACAAACAGGCAGCUGAGCUCCUCAGAACUCGAGCAACAAGACUGUUUGAAGCAGCAGUAAAAGAAGAAGAAGAGAAAGCAGCAGAUGAUGCAGUGACGAUUGAUUUUGCUGCUACGUCAUCGACAAAAUUGUCGGCAAUGCAAAGUACGCGACAAUCGGAGGUUGAAGCACUCAAAACGGAGGUGAUGGAGCUUAAAAGUGCCGUCGUGGACGCGUACCUGCAGUCUCCGAUUGCUACGAAGAUUGAAGUGGUCAAGGAGCGACCGCUGCUGCAGCGACCGUUGGAAGCCACAAAGGCGAAUCGGUUGGAAGGAAAGAGCGUCGUGAGGAACGCAGUAUUUACCGAGCGGAUUACGAGUUUAAGUUCUGGUAACGGUGCUAGUCAUUUGAAAGCAAAGGAAGCACGACUGAUGUUGCCUGUGUGGUACGAGAGCGAAGAUAAAAAGCAAAGCGGUAUCAAGGACCAAACGGCUAUGAGUUUUGGGGAGAUUACCGAGAUGUUUGAGCAAGGCCAGGCUCAAGAGCAGCUGUCGACAGCUGGACGUUAUCGUCUUUUGUUUACCAUGUAA